CCCGGCAGUGACAGUCCGGCACGCGACCGCUAUCGCCGCCAGUGCUCGGCGCGUUUUCGCUCGCGAAGCCGUCCUCUCUCUGACGCCUGCCGAGAUAGGCAGCACUGAUUACCGCCGCUCAAUUUACAGACGCUCCGGGCCGUGAAAAUUGUUUUCGAAAGUGUUGUUUUUUUGCCUUUGUGUACGUUUCUCGUUUGUGAAGUAGUUCCGGAGCGUUGGAAGAGCUCACACUUGGAGAACUAAACGUUGGGAAUAGUUGUCAUUAGCCAUCGUGUCGACUUCCGAGGGCAAGGAGAGGACGCUCUAGAUUUAUCGAGCGCGGGGAAUCGCAGUGGAGGCGCGCGCGGCCAGCCACAGGUGGCAACAAUAACGCCCACGCGCGGCGCGAGCGAGUUCGGGGGCGGCGUCGGCGUCGGCGAGGGCGUCGACGUCUGCGUCGCGGGAGCAUGCAGCGGCGGCGACAUGCCGCGCCCCAGCCGCGACUCUUACGGCGACCAGAAGCCGCCCUACUCGUACAUCUCGCUGACGGCGAUGGCCAUCUGGAGCUCGCCCGAGAAGAUGCUGCCGCUGGCGGACAUUUACCGCUUCAUCACCGACCGCUUCCCGUACUACCGGCGCAACACGCAGCGCUGGCAGAACUCGCUGCGGCACAACCUCUCCUUCAACGACUGCUUCGUCAAAGUGCCGCGCCGGCCCGACAGGCCGGGCAAGGGCGCCUACUGGACGCUGCACCCUGCGGCCAUCAACAUGUUCGAGAACGGCUCCUUCCUUCGCCGCCGCAAGAGGUUCAAACUCCCUAAGGUGGAGAAGGAGGCCCUGGAGGCGGGGCUGGCGAGCAUGGCGUCCUCGCUGCACCCGGUGGGCGCGGGCGGCGCGCCGGCCACGACGCUGCCGCGGACGCUGGCGGCGCCGCCCAAGUCGUUCAGCAUCGACAGCAUCAUCCAGCAGGACGCGCCGCCCCCAGCCGCCCCCGUGCCCGCGCUGCAGCCACCUCCUCAGCCGCAGCCGCAGCCGAUGCCGCCCACGCACUCUCAGCCUCCGCAGCUGCCACCGCCCGCGCUGCCCGUCAUGCCCACACCACUAGAUUUCAACCGGCUGGUGCUGACGACGCUGCAGACGGAGCGGGCGUCGCGCUGCUCGUCGGGGCUGUGCCCCGCGGCGGCGGCGGCCGUGGCGGCGUCCUACGUGUCGGCGUGCCUGCACCACCCGCCCCCGCAGCCGCAGCCGCCCCCGCCGCCCCCGGCCGUGUGGCUGCCGCCGCUGGCGCCGCAGUCGUACCCCUACUCGUACUCGUACCUGCACGCGGCCACGCUGUACGCCGCCGCGCUCGGCCUCCUGGGGCCCGCCGCCGCCUCCAGCACGGCCGCCGGAGCCGCGGCGCUGCCCAAGGCGCCGCCCCUCAAGCCGCACGCGCUGCCGCCCCCGGCGCACGGACUCGCGCUGCCGCCGCCCGCGCCGCCGGCCACUCCGUUCCUCGACGUCGUCGACUCCAGCUCCAACAGCUCCACCGACUUGUUCGCUGCACACGUCAAGGCCGAGCUCUAGAACACGACCGUAGGGGAGCUCGGCUGAGAGGAACAUUGGUAUCUGAGGGUGAGUUUCAGACUUGUAUCAGUGUUUCCUGUGUCCAGUUAU